CAUCGGUCCAGGACAACAGUCAGCGAGACGACGACAAACCAAUCACACAUCAUCAUCAUUAUCAUCUUGAGAAAUGGCUCUGACAAUGCAAGGCAACAAUCCGCUUAGCUAUCGCCACAAGAAGUUCGAUCUGCGGCGUCCACGUAACGACGAGCUGGAGCUGCAAAUCAAGGAGGAGCUGCUGGCACGCCUCGAUACAGCGGGCUGCAACAGCGGCUCCGAUGGGGAGGAGGACACAAGCAGCCAGUGCUCCAGCUUGAUGUCCCUGCCCAAGCGUCGUCGGCUCAACAGCACCGUAUACGAUGGCUCGAACGGCUCGGAAUCUGCAUCAUCCUCGCACUCGCUGCCGCCCUCCAUCAGUCCGGAGGCGCUGCGAGAUAUUUGCAAAUACCACGGCAAUAUGGUGCGAAAGUUUCCGAAGAAAGAGCGUUCGCCCAAGGAUCAGGAUCGACGCAAUAAGAACACCAUCGCCUGUCGCAUGAGUCGGCGCGUCAAGAAACUCGAACACCUGGCCAUCGAGGAGCAGUACAAAGAGUUCACGCUGCAGCACCUGAAGAUUGUUGAGCAGAGUAUGCGUGCCACGGCCUACUUCAAUCAUCUCAAUCAUCUGGUCAAGCAUGAGCAAUCCACAAUGAGCUCUGCCCCGGCGCCAGUUCCAGUGCAAGUGAAGAACUUUAGCAUCGACUAUUUGAUCAACGGCAUUAAAGGCGAACAGUGUUAGAAAACACUCGUUCAAUCACUGUGUGAUGUAAUGCCAAUGCCACCCCCUUAAGCUUUACUAACUAUUAUUUAGUAUAUAAUCUAUUCAUAU